UUGGUGCCGAACUGGAAUCAGUAAAGGAUUAUUAAAGACUGCAACUGACUCAAGGGAAGAGUAGUGUGGAGAUGUAUACAAUGAGUCUUGGUGCAGUACUGUUGAUGCUGAUCGCUACUGGAGCAAUGGUCUCUGGACAAACUACUAGCAUCACGGCAAUGAUCACCUCCAAUGGCACUGCAACUCCUGGUCAGAGCUACUCCCUCACUUGUAAUGUGACUGGAGGGGAGUCUCUGAAUCCAACCAUUAUGUAUGAGUGGACUAGGGGAGGAACAUCAGUUGGUGGAAAUGAUCCCCUGUUGAAUUUUUUCCCUUUGACGCUAUCAAGCUCGGGUCAGUAUGUGUGUACGGUGACGGUGACAGUGACCUCUGCCCUUCUCACAACUACUUUGACUGAUGCUAGUGAUACCUUUGACCUGACCAUCAAGGUCCCCCCUCCUAGUGUCAGCCUCUCCUCGCCACUCACUGGAGUGUUUUCGGGUCAGUCUGUAGUGCUUACCUGCACCAUUGUCCUGGACUCUAGUGUGGAUACAUCUGUCACUGUGGCUGUGCAAUGGUUCAAUCCAGCCUCUACUAUCAUAGACAACACAAUGACAACUAUGCAAACGCAAACCAGUCUCACCUACCAAAGCACCACCAAUCUCAGUGACUUCAUAGCUGGAGCUGUUGGCGUGUACAGCUGUGCUGCUAUGGUUACUUCAACGAGAGGUUUCACCUCACCCAGUGACAGUGUUUCUGCUAGCACUAAUGUCUCUCUGACUCCCACCACCUCGGCCCCUCUCAUUACUAUCAUCAUUCCUGGAACAAAUUCUCUGACAUUCUCAUGGACUCAGCCUGAUGGUAUAGUCGACAGGUACCAAAUCUCCUUCACCUAUGUUGGGAACUGUGAUGCUAUACAGAGCAUGUCAAUACCUCUCAAUCUGGAACAAUCAGAAAAUGUUUUGCCUUUAUUCCGUUUGGAGGAAUACAGUAACUAUUCUCUGAGUGUGUCGGCUGUGAACGGUGCUGGUAGCAGUGAAACCACAACUUCAGUAGCCACCACUCUGUCUACACCUCCCAGUGGGAGUGUGCAGAACCUGACGGCUACACUCACCCCCAACACAGUCACCAUCCAAUGGGAUCAAGUCAUCUGCAGUGAUAGGAAUAGCGAGAUUACUGGGUACAGAGUGACCUUUGGACCCACCUCCAUAACCAUCUCUGGAACUGACAUGAGGGAGUAUACUGCCUCUGGUCUCAUUCCAAGAACUCUGUAUGCAUACGAUGUGGUUCCACUUAGCGAUAGUGGAAUGGGGCCAGAAAGUGAUGGAACAGUGGUGACUGGCUUACCUCAAGAGUUAAUGCUGCAGCUUAAUGGAGUGUUCUAUACUAACAACAGCCUGGUCAAUUUGGACAGUGUGGGUGGUGAGGAUGCUGUUGCUCUGCUCUGUGUCACUAAUGCCAUGAGUUGCUGCUCCCCUGAUGAGGGCAGUGGCUCCAACCUUGGACAGUGGUUCUUCCCUGAUGGCAACACACCUGACUUCCCUGCCACUCAUCUCAGUCGAUACCACAUGUCAUUUGGACCCAGUGUAGUACGUCUUCAUCGCUCCUCUGCAGCUGCUACAAUUUCAGGAGUGUAUCGAUGUGACCUCCCUGACUCCAGCUCAGAGACACAAACUCUGUUUAUUGGGCUCUAUCCUGUUGGACAAGGUACUCCUGCAAUCAAUGAUGAGAUAAUUUUUAGCAGAGACAGCCUCACUCUGACCUGUGUGUCUAAUGGUGGGCCAGCUAGUGAGGUGGUAUGGACCAGGAAUGGAACUACUGUCUCUAAUGGAUACAUACUCACACAAACUGUCACCGACCCAGCCACUGCUACCUAUGAGAAUGUCCUCAGUGCUGCUACCUUUGCUGAUCUGGUGGGUAACUUCACCUGUACAGUCAACAACAACAGAGGCACCUCAAACACUGCUGAGAUUAUAUUAAAUGAUGUAGUUCAGAUCCUUGGCGACAACCCUCCAUUCACUGUGGGUAGUACAGCCACUCUCUCUUGUGUCAGUGAUUCAGACGCUACCAUGAUCGAAUGGUUGGAUGGCAACUCAAUAAGUGUAAGCAUGACAACCGUAGGGAGAGAACUGGACCUUGUACUCAACCCUGUCAGAGAUGAUCUCCACCAGACAACCUUCACAUGUCGAGUGACUAGAGCCAAUGGUGUUGGAGAGCAGAGCAUCACACUGUCUGUGAUUGUUCCUGAUGGAGCCAUUUCUAUUGGCACCUCUGUCAGUGGAACUGCUACAGCUGGAGAGGUGUACUCAUUGAUCUGUAGUAUCAGUGAGGUCAUAUCUGGACUGACUGGAGUGCCCCAGGCUGUCUGGGAGGAUUCAGAAGGGAACGCGAUGACAGGAAAUAAUGUCAUAGUGACAUCAUUAGACGGAACGUCCAAUCUGACGUUUAACCCUUUGAGACUCUCUGAUGGUGACACGUACACAUGUACAGGUAGUCUUCAGUCUCCUCCCCUCUCCAACCCACUCACUGUUGUAGAGAGCCGCCCUGUGAUAGUGACAAUUCCCACUCCUGGAGUCUCUCUGACCCCACCUCCUUCCCCCAUCACUGCUGGUACCCCCCUUACCCUCACCUGUGCCAUCACCGUGAACAGUGCUGUGGAUAGGGAUGUAGAGGUCGAUGUUGUGUGGGAGAUCUCCACAGAUACUAUUCCCAUCACCACCACCUCCACUGCCAGUGGUUCUGUUGUGGACACUCUCACCAUCCCUAUACUGAGCACUCGAUACACUGGAGUUGCCUGUAGGGCCACCGUGAGAGUUGUCGAUUCCUUCAUCAUGUUCAGUUCUCAAGGAUCAGAUAGUGUCGAGUUCACAGUAGAGGUCCCCUCACCCCCCGUGGUGAUCAUCACUGUGUCUGGUGACUCUGUGGCAGGGUCCUCCCUCUCUCUCCUCUGUACUGCCACGCCUCCCCCUAUCCCACUAGUAUCUCCACCCACUGUCUCCUGGAUACAACAAGACCUUGCUGAUACCGUUAUUCCAGUCACCUCUGACACUUCAGUUAGCGUUAAUCUGACCUUUAACCCCUUGAGGACCAGUCAUGGCCGUGUGUAUGUGUGUAUAGCAGGUUACAACAUUCCUGACGCUGACCUCUCUGACCUCACCAACACUGCAUCCACCAUCAUUGUCAGAGUGCAAAUCCCGAGACCUGCUGCCAGGAUCACCUUUGACCCUAUGAUGGAUCGCUAUACUGUUGGCCUGUUCCUGAGCCUGAGUUGUGAGGUCACUCUAUCAGCAAAUGUCGAUACUAUGGUAAACCUUGAACCCGUCUGGCGGAGAGAGGGGAUCAUACUGUCCAUUGGAAAUCAACUCACUGUGGGACUGUUUACUAAUAUGACUAAUAAUGCCCAGAACUUCACUAGCUUAUUGGAGUUCCAGCCAUUGACAAGAGACUUUAUUGGCAAUGACACCUUGUAUGAGUGUGUGGCUAGCGUACAGCCUGAGAAUGAUACCUUCAUCAGUGGAACCACCACCAACACAUCCACCACCAUCACAGUGGAAGAGGCUGACUUCGCUGCUUUGAUCAUCAGUCCUGACUCUACUGUGCUCGCUGGCUCUGAGUACACUCUAGUGUGUCAAGGAACUAGGGGAGUUGACCAGGUUGAUGGUACCACACUGGAGGUAGAGUGGUUCAAUCCUGACGGUGUACCUAUAACUGGAGAGACUAGUGGUGUCAUGAUAACAGGAGUCACUAACAUCACUACUAAUGCUACCUUCAUCAGUUAUCUGAGCUUCCCCACUCUCCACACAUCUCAAGCUGGGCCCUACACAUGUAGAGUCAACCACACUAUACCGGACACCUCCAUCACUGAUCAAAGCAUCCUGAGCUCAUCAGUAGUCACUGUGCAGAUCCCUCCUCCAAUUGUGAGUGUAUCCUCGCCCACCCCUGUCUAUCAUGGUACUAGCCACACCCUCUCCUGUAAUGCUAGCUAUGACACUAAUGUGGUGACGACUGAUGUGACUCUGGACUACUCCUGGACUGGACCCAACAACAACCUCAUAGCCUCCAGUGAUAGUGCUGCUCUCACACUCUCACCAGUGGACCUACCAGCACGGAGCAGCGGAGGCUACACUUGCACUGUAACUGUACGCCCUACAAACAUCUCUGCAUUCAUCAACAAUGGCUCAGACUCCGAUACUUACAACCUCACUGUACUAGACCUCCCAGUCCAUGUUGUGGAGGUGACCUCCAGUAGUCCCCUGCCUGUCACUGCUGGCUCCUCCUUCAACCUCACCUGCUCAGUCUCAGUGGUGGACCUUCUCUCUGUGGAGCCACUCAUACAGUGGUCCUUGUCUGACCAGUCACUAUUAUCGGGAGGUACUGGCACAACCAACACACUCACCUUUGACCCCCUAUUCACAACCAACGCCACUCAGUACACAUGUACUGCCACUAUCAACAUACCUGAAGUGGACAUCAUUGAUCGUACUGGAAGCAACUCUAUUAACGUCACAGUCAACAUCCCUCCUCCAAUUGUGAGUGUGUCCUCUCCCACCCCUGUCUACCAUGGCACUAGCCACACCCUCUCCUGUAAUGCUAGCUAUGACACUAAUGUGGUGACGACUGAUGUGACUCUGGACUACUCCUGGACUGGACCCAGCGACAACCUCACAGCCUCCAGUGAUAGUGCUGCUCUCACACUCUCACCAGUGGACCUACCAGCACGGAGCAGCGGAGGCUACACUUGCACUGUAACUGUACGCCCUACAAACAUCUCUGAAUUUAUCAACCCUGCCUCAGACUCUGAUACUUACAACCUCACUGUACUAGACCUCCCAGUCCCUGUUGUUGAGGUGACCUCCAGUAGUCCUUUGCCCGUCACUGCUGGCUCUUCCCUCAACCUCACCUGCUUAGUCUCAGUGGUGGACCUUCUCUCUGUGGAGCCACUCAUACAGUGGACCACCUUGUCUGACCAGUCACUAUCUGGAGGAACUGGCACAACCAACACACUCACCUUUGACCCCCUCUUCACAACCAAUGCCACUCAGUACACAUGUACUGCCACUAUCAACAUACCUGAAGUGGACAUCAUUGAUCGUACUGGAAGCAACUCUAUUAAUCUUACAGUCAACAUCCCCCCUCCAAUUGUGAGAGUAUCCUCUCCCACCCCCGUCUACCAUGGCACUAGCCACACCCUCUCCUGUAACGCUAGCUAUGACACUAAUGUGGUGACGACUGCUGUGACUGUGGACUACUCCUGGACUGGACCCAAUAACAGCCUCACAGCCUCCAGUGACAGUGCUGCUCUCACACUCUCACCAGUGGACCUACCAGCACGGAGCAGCGGAGGCUACACUUGCACUGUAACUGUACGCCCUACAAACAUCUCUGAAUUUAUCAACCCUGCCUCCGACUCUGAUACUUACAAUCUCACUGUAUUAGACCUCCCAGUCCCUGUUGUGGAGGUGACCUCUAGUAGUCCCCUGCCUGUCACUGCUGGCUCCUCCCUCAAUCUCACCUGCUCAGUCUCAGUGGUGGACCUUCUCUCUGUGGAGCCACUCAUACAGUGGACCACCUUGUCUGACCAGUCACUAUCUGAGAGUACUGGCACAACCAACACACUCACCUUUGACCCCCUCCUCACAACCAACGCCACUCAGUACACAUGUACUGCCACUAUCAACAUACCUGAAGUGGACAUCAUUGAUCGUAAUGGAAGCAACUUUAUUGACCUCACAGUUAACAUCCCUCCUCCAAUUGUGAGUGUGUCCUCACCCACCCCCAUCUACCAUGGUACUAGCCACACCCUCUCCUGUAAUGCUAACUACGACAUUAGUGUGGUGACGACUGCUGUGACUGUGGACUACUCCUGGACUGGACCCAGCGACAACCUCAAAGCCUCCAGUGAUAGUGCUGCUCUCAUACUCUCACCAGUGGACCUACCAGCACAGAGCAGCGGAGGCUACACUUGCACUGUAACUGUACGCCCUACAAACAUAUCUGCAUUUAUCAACCCUGCCUCAGACUCUGAUACUUACCACCUCACUGUACUAGCCCUCCCAGUCCCUAUUGUGGAGGUGACCUCCAGUAGUCCCCUGCCUGUCACUGCUGGCUCCUCCCUCAACCUCACCUGCUCAGUCUCAGUGGUGGACCUUCUCUCUGUGGAGCCACUCAUACAGUGGACCACCUUGUCUGACCAGUCACUAUCUGGAGGAACUGGCACCACCAACACACUCACCUUUGACCCCCUCCUCACAACCAACGCCACUCAGUACACAUGUACUGCCACUAUCAACAUACCUGAAGUGGACAUCAUUGAUCGUAAUGGAAGCAACUUUAUUGACCUCACAGUCAACAUCCCUCCUCCAAUUGUGAGUGUGUCCACGCCCACCCCUGUCUACCAUGGCACAAACCAUACCCUCUCCUGUAACGCUAGCUAUGACACUAGUGUGGUGACGACUGCUGUGACUCUGGACUACUCCUGGACUGGACCCAACAACAGCCUCAUAGCCUCCAGUGAUAGUGCUGCUCUCACACUCUCACCAGUGGACCUACCAGAGAGCAGCGGAGGCUACACUUGCACUGUAACUGUACACCCUACAAACAUCUCUGUAUUUAUCAACCCUGCAUCAGGCUCUGAUACUUACAACAUCACUGUACUAGUGGCUGAGUUUGCUGCCUCGAUCAGUCCUGACUCUACUAUGCUCGCUGGCUCUGAGUACACUCUAGUGUGUCAAGGAACUAGGGGAGUUGACCAGGCUGAUGGUACCACACUGGAGGUAGAGUGGUUCAAUCCUGACGGUGUACCUAUAACUGGAGAGACUAGUGGUGUCAUGAUAACAGGAGUCACUAACAUCACUACUAAUGCUACCCUCAUCAGUUAUCUGAGCUUCCCCACUAUCCACACAUCUCAAGCUGGGCCCUACACAUGUAGAGUCAAACAUACUAUACCAGACACCUCCAUCACUGACCAAAGCAUCCUGAGCUCAUCAGUAGUCACUGUGCAGAUCAAUGCUCCUCAUGUGAUGAUCAGUGCUAGUCGGUCUGCCACAUUGUAUGAGGGAACCACUGGUCAGAUCCUAUGCUGUAUGAUUACCCCUGACAACGCUGGAGUGGACACACCCACUAAUGUGACACGAGAUAUAACUGGACCUGUGGACGAUAACAGGGUAACGACUAAUGACACUAUCAGUAACGGUGUGAUUAUUGUGAAGGAGGCCUUUCAUGUGCUGAGUCUCAGUGACACUGGUAACUACAUAUGCACUGCUACUGUGGACUCUGUACCCAACAAUGCGUACAUUGUUCCAGCCACCAAUACAGCCACCCUGGACAUAACUGUGGAGGACCUCCCAGUCCCUGUUGUGGAGGUGACCUCCAGUAGUCCCUUGCCUGUCACUGCUGGCUCUUCCCUCAACCUCACCUGCUCAGUCUUAGUGGUGGACCUUCUCUCUGUGGAGCCACUCAUACAGUGGACCUUGUCUGACCAGUCACUAUCUGGAGGAACUGGCACAACCAACACACUCACCUUUGACCCCCUCCUCACAACCAACGCCACUCAGUACACAUGUACUGCCACUAUCAACAUACCUGAAGUGGACAUCAUUGAUCAUACUGGAAGCACCUCUAUUGAUCUUACAGUCAACAUCCCCCCUCCCAUUGUGAGUGUAUCCUCGCCCACCCCCGUCUACCAUGGCACUAACCACACCCUCUCCUGUAACGUUACCUAUGACACUAGUGUAGUGACGACUGAUGUGACUCUGGACUACUCCUGGACUGGACCCAACAACAGCCUCAUAGCCUCCAGUGAUAGUGCUACUCUCACACUCUCACUAGUGGACCUACCAGCACGGAGCAGUGGAGGCUACACUUGCACUGUAACUGUACGCCCUACAAACAUUUCUGCAUUUAUCAACAAUGGCUCAGACUCUGAUACUUACAACCUCACUGUACUAGUGGCUGACUUUGCUGUCUCGAUCAGCCCUGACUCGACUGUGCUCGCUGGCUCUAAUCACAAUCUGAGAUGUCAAGGAGUGAGAGGUGAUGAUCAGGCUGAUGGUACCACACUGGAGGUAGAGUGGUUCAAUCCUGACGGUGUACCCAUAUCUGAAGAAACUAAUGGUGUCAUGAUAACAGGAGUCACUAAAAUCACUACUAAUGCUACCCUCAUCAGUUAUCUGAGCUUCCCCACUCUCCACACAUCUCAAGCUGGGCCCUACACGUGUAUAGUUAGACACACUAUACCGGACACUGCCAUCACCGACCGGAUCAUCCUGAACUCGUCAGUAGUCACUGUGCAGAUCAAUGCUCCUCAUGUGAUGAUCAGUGCUAGUCGGUCUGCCACACUGUACGAGGGAACCACUGAUCAGAUCCUAUGCUGUAUGAUUACCCCUGACAACGCUGGAGUGGACACACCCACUAAUGUGACACGAGAUAUAACUGGACCUGUGGACGAUAACAGAGUAACGGCUAAUGACACUAUCAGUAAAGGUGUGAUUAUUGUGAAGGAGGCCAUUCAUAUGCUGAGUCUCAGUGACACUGGCAACUACAUAUGCACUGCUACUGUGGACUCUGUACCCAACAAUGCGUACAUUGUUCCAGCCACCAAUACAGCCACCCUGGACAUAACUGUGGAGGACCUCCCAGUCCCGGUUGUGGAGGUGACCUCUAGUAGUCCCCAGCCUGUCACUGCUGGCUCCUCCCUAAAUCUCACCUGCUCAGUCUCAGUGGUGGACCUUCUCUCUGUGGAGCCACUCAUACAGUGGACCUUGUCGGACCAGUCACUAUCUGGAGGAACUGGCACAACCAACACACUCAUCUUUGACCCCCUCCUCACGUCCAACGCCACUCAGUACACAUGUACUGCCACUAUCAACAUACCUGAAGUGAACAUCACUAGUACUGAAAGCAACUCUAUUGAUCUUACAGUCAACAUCCCCCCUCCCACUGUGAGUGUGUCCUCGCCCACCCCCGUCUACCAUGGCGCUAUCCACACCCUCACUUGUAACGCUAGCUAUGACACUAGUGUGGUGACGACUGCUGUGACUCUGGACUACUCUUGGACUGGACCCAACAACAGCCUCAUAGCCUCCAGUGAUAGUGCUGCUCUCACACUCUCACCAGUGGACCUACCAGCACGGAGCAGUGGAGGCUACACUUGCACUGUAACUGUACGCCCUACAAACAUAUCUGCAUUUAUCAACAAUGGCUCAGACUCUGAUACUUACAACCUCACUGUACUAGUUGUUGACUGUGGUUCCCUGGGGGCCCCCUUCAAUGGAGCAGUGGACACAUCCUCUGGGACUACCUUCAUGAAGACUGCUACCUACACCUGUAACACUGGCUAUGCUGGAAACACCACUAGGACUUGUCAAGCUGAUGCAAUCUGGAGUGGCAGUGAACCAACAUGUACUCUCGUGAUUGAUUGUGAAGCUGAAAGUGAUUCUGUAUGGGGGCUUGUCUUCCCUACCACUUUGGCUGGCUUUUCCCAUUCCCGGCAAUGCCCACAAAAUGGAAAUGGAACAACUUUAGGUACUGCGAAUCGUUUCUGUACAUUUGAAGGUGUGUGGGAAGCAGUGAAUACAGAUAACUGCACUAGGGAAGUAAUCAGCGCACUUAAUAACACGGCAAAUGAAAUAUUUUCUAGAAAUGCACCUCAAAACGAAGUUGAUAACCUUCUUGUUUCUCUUACGGAGGCUACUAGUGUAAAUGCAACAGGAGGCUCAACCAUAUUCCCCCAAGACCUCAGCACUACUAAUUUGAUUGUCAAGUCAAGUGUGAAUUACCUAGUUCAAAACAUAGAGACUGCUAGCCUCACGUCUCUUCUCGAUUUUAGUGAAGAGGUUAUGAACAUUCUCAACAAUCUUCUGGAUGAGAGGAAUACAGAAGGAUGGGAAAGAUUACAAAUGGAUUCUGCUGCUGAGAGUCAGCAAUUGUUGUUGAAUGCAGAGUUAUAUGGUCAGUAUGUGUCAUUGGCACUAAAGAGUGAAGCUGUGGAUACAGGCAACGUGAUGGAGAUCACCCUUGUGAGACAGAACAUCGUGCUAUCUGCAAUUCAAGUUGACACUACUAAUUUGGGUGGCAUUGUCUUUCCUGAAAUUGUCAAAGUCAAUGAAAAAUCAGGCUCAGCUCAAACUGUGAUACCAUCUACUCUUCUUGCAGAGAGAGGCGCUCUAGAGGGGGAUGUUACAGCAGUCAACAUUCUUUUUUUCAACUUGGAGGAUUUUUUUCCAAAACCCAACCUUGAAAUGAACACGACCAGACCAGUAGCACAGGUUAUUUCUAGUCAAGUCUUCUCCAAUGUAGAGACAGUUAACUCCCAGACACAGGCAACCUUCAGAUUCACCACCCAAAUGUUUUCUGAAGAUGAAGUUGCCAAAAAUGCAAGAUGUGUAUUUUGGAGUGUUUCUAGUGAUGCGGCAAACAGCACGUGGUCCACGGAAGGUGUGACUACAGUAAGUGUGAAAGAAGACGAGCAAAUGAGAGUAUUUAAUGUUGUCUGUAAGAGCAGCCAUUUCACAGCAUUUGCUGUUCUAAUGGAUGUCACUGGAGCACUGAAUGACACAACUGCAGAGAUCAGGUUUGCUCUAUCGGUGGUGACUUAUGUUGGUUGUUCCAUCUCCGUCUUCUUUCUUCUAUUGUCUAUUGUCUAUUUCUUGACAUUGAGAAAAGAACUGCUGGCCAAGGUUCAUAACUUCAUCCAUCUCAACCUGUCUAUUUCUUUGCUCCUUGGUUACGUGGUGUUCCUGUCAGGAGUAGAGACUGCUGUGGCCAACGAGGCAGCGUGUGCGUUUGUGGCUGCUCUCCUUCACUACCUGUUCACUACUGUGUUCUUUUGGAUGCUGUGUGAGGGAAUCAUGCUCUAUCUGAUGUUGGUGCUUGUCUUCAGCGAAAUAUCCAAGAAAUGGUGGAUAUUCUUUAUUAUUGGAUGGGUUGUUCCAGUGAUACCAGUGGCUAUAUCUGCUGGAAUUAUUCAUGACCAGUAUGGCACAGAAGAGUAUUGUUGGAUUGCUGUUGGUGCCGGUGAUGAAGGAGCCAUAUGGGCAUUUGUUGUACCAAUGCUACUAGUUGUUCUGGUGAAUAUAUUCUUCCUCUUGGCUGCUUUGCGCAGUGUCUAUAGACAGAGAAAGUCAACCAUGCAACGAAGUGGGAAAAAAGAAUCUUUACAGUUAUUCUCACAACUCUUCAAAGCCACCUUAAUUCUCCUUCCAAUACUUGGACUGACUUGGGUGUUCGGUCUACUCUCAGUCAACAGCAGCACUAUUGUGUUUGCAUGGUUGUUCUCUAUCUUUAACUCACUGCAAGGCCUGUUCGUAUUCAUCUUCCAUGUGCUCAGGAGUGAAAAGGUCAGAAAGUUCGUGAAGCAGUUCAGAAAGAGAAGCGAUAGUGUUGUAUCAACUUCUGCCUCAGGAAGAAAUAAUCUGAGCAAGAAUUCGACGAGUGGUGUUCAGCUCAAGCCAAGUCACUCCAGUUUUAGCAAAAACGAUCAUUAUGAUAGUACCAUGCAAGAAGAAGCCAUUAAAUUUGAUGAGACUGCAUCUGAGUCCGGCUCACAGAAGUUAUACGUUGCUGGAUUGCUUGAAGAUGAAAAGAAAUUCGAUGAGACUGCAUCUGAGUCUGGUUCACAGAAGUUAUACGUUGCUGGAUUGCUUGAAGAUGAAAAGUGGCACAAAGAGAUAUCCUUUAAUUGGGUGAAAGAAUUUUCAUACCCACAGGAAAGCCUUGAAGCACAGCUACUAGCAUAGAUACUAACCUAUAGUGCCGCUAUUAUUAUGCUUGCGGAAUGAAUUUUUAUUUGCUGUCAGUGCACAAAUAAUUAUUAAUUUUAGUCACCUUUUAUUUUAAAAUGCAUACAUAGUUUUGGUUCGUUUUAACCAUGGG